AAGGGAAUAACCAGCAUCGCCAGCCAUGAAUAUUCCCCCUCUCUUCACGCAUUCCAACACAUGAACCAAGCAUUGCGACCAUGUCUUCCUCAGGUGCAUCCUCGACUCGAUCGGACAAAGUAGAUCCGGUCCUCCGCAAUGCGAUACGAUACACGGUCUCUGCACGAGAGUACGAACUCCUCCACCAAUACCUGAUCUCGCGUGCGCCUGUGGUACGCAAACGAACACCACCUCCGCCGAAUUACGAAGCUACCGUUAAAGACAAAGACGAUUACAAUGCAGCAGCUAUAAGAGCGUCGGUGCGAGUCUUUAUCGCCAGCUACGUCGGUUCGAAGGGCUGGGAGUUAUUUACUACGAAGAUAUUACGAAGAACACAGUCUCAGCAGACGUCAUCCCGUGCAAUCAAGUCUCCUCAUGUUCGCCUCUCGGGCUCUCUUGCGCUCAUCCUUCUCUUCCACCGUCUCCUUCAUCGCUUCUUCAUUCGACUACGAGCACAAGUCCUUUCAGAUGAGGCACGACCGUUCCGUCGGCGCAAUCCACGAGUUGCGAAGACACUUACAUCUCGACUUGCGCCUGCUGUAGGUGCCAGUCUAGCAGGCUUCUUUCUAGCUGUGUACCCAGCAGACCAGCUACGAGUGACCAUUGCCAUCUAUGUCUUCACGCGAGCUUUGGAAUUUGCGUAUAAUGGCUUGGAAAAUAAGGGUCACUUCCAGAACAGGCCAUGGUGGUUUGGCUCCUGGCUCCUUAUGCCCGCAGCGUGUGGACAGCUACUGCACGCCUUUGUGUUCGAUCGAGAUUGCUUCCCGGAGGCUUACGGGAAGUUCAUUCUGAAGAACAGCCCGCGUUAUAUCCAGACGAGACCGGAGGGAUACGCCGCAGCAGCCCCAUGGCCAGGCACGUUUGAGAUCGUUGACAGUCUUGGCACCAUGUCAAAGCUCAAGUGGCCCGCGUUCGUCUCUCCUAUCCUUUUCCCUAAAGCGCAAACACUUCCGCGUUCCCUCACACGUAUCGCACCCAUAACCUCGCCCGCACAUCCUGCGAUUAAACCCCUCUCCUGCGCCCUCCUCCAUCCAAACGACCCCUCCUGCCUUCGGACAUACAUCACAUACUACAUACAAGCCUUCCCUGCCGUGACCCGCUUCUUCACCAUCAUCUUCACUGCGCUCUCCGUAUUGCGCUACAAAACAUUCAUUUCCGCGCCCGUUCCCUUCCUCAACGCCCUUGCCGCACGCAUAUUACGCAUGUCGCUCUUCAUCACUGGUGCCAUCGGCACCUCCUGGGGCUCAAUCUGUUUUUUCCAACAUGCACUUCCCCGAGGAUUUCUGCCUACACAGCGCUUCUUCCUUGGUGGUGCUCUGGGCGGCUUAUGGGCGUUUCUCGAACGACGAGGCGGAAGAGGAAAUUUCUUGUAUUCGGCGAGGCUGAGUCUAGAUAGUGCGUGGAAGGUGGGCGUAAAAAGGGGUUGGUGGAAGGGGGUCAAGAAUGGGGAUGUGUUGCUAUUGGUGGCGAGUUUGGCGUUGGUUAAUGCGACGUAUGAGGUCGAUCCUAAGGCUGUGAGUGGUGGAGUUGUUCGAAAGGGUUUGGGGAUGUUGAGGGGGGACGGGUGGGUUGACAGGGCUGUCGAGAGGGAGGGUGUAGUGGAAGAGAAAGAAGAGAAAUGAGAGUGGCCCAUCAUUUGCCUGUUUUAUUUUGCAUUGCGUUGGGCGGCUGUAAUCUUGUCUGGUCUAUCAUGAGGCGUUGGGGGCGUGAUGAGUAUAUACACAUAUAUGCUCAAGGCAUGCACUUUAGGAGCCGUGUAGUCUUAUGAUAAGCUGAUCUGGUAACAUACCGAUCAGCAAGGGCUGUGUUUGAUGCUAUGAAAAUAAAUGUAUGGAUGUAGGACUGUAGUUUGCUAUCGGUGUUCGCAUCUCAUCUUGGUCUGUAAUGGCCAAACAGGGCCCUUACAAAUGCGCCAGUUGAGCCAGAUCUUGAAGAAACAAAGAUCUGCUCCAAGCCUGAGGCGCUAUGUACUAAGGAAUAGUAGGUCUGGCACUCGGAAGAUCGAGGGUUAAGGAAAGAACGCCGAUCGAAUGUUCAAUGCGU